GGAUCAGGCUCUCGGUAUUCACCAGCGUGGUGGUUUGCUCUGGAUGUGAAGACAACUAUUUUAAGCGUAUAGUGCAUUAUUUUUCAAAAUAAUGAUACUAGUCGCGAGCUCUUAAGAGCACACGUUGUUCUUAUGACUGGUGUUGAGUGCCCGACUUGCUGCCGGCAGUGUUUCUUCAGUAGUGGACGUGUGUGUCAUUGCACCAACAGCCACGUGCUCCAAAGAAAAGAAAACGGCGCUACUCUACGUUCAGUGUCUCCGAUUUUAAUGGCACUUUUUUUUAGACAGUGCAUACAUUCCGCCUUGGAAGAUGAAGCUUCAGACGACGAGCCUCGUGUGCGGAAGGGCACUCCUCUUGGCGGUUAUGCCUCCACCCCGCAACACCACACCUGAUGCCGGGACACCACCACCAUCACCUGCACAACGACAGGUGCCACGCUCAUACACAAGCUAUUUCUCUGCGGGAUCAAGACUGGCGUUGCAGCUGCAUCCUUGAUAGAGCGUCCCAGUUGAGAUGGAAGAGAAGAAAUACGGUAACCACGCGAGAUCCUGGCAAGACAUGGCACUCCCGACGGCCACUCUUCGGAGACUGCGCGACACACUCAAAGCUUCCGGAAAUAAAGUGUGGAGGAUACGCCUCUUCUCUCCUGGAUGGGUGGCGAUCACCGCGCUGGCCUUCUUUCUCACCUACUUCUUCUUGCCCAGCUUCCUCAGGCCAGUACACGUCAUCCAGCUGGAAUGGCCGUGGAGCACAGAAGCGGCGGGGCUGGAUGGGACGACGUACGACGAGUCACUACUGGAGAAGGCUUUGCAGAACGGCCAAGAAAACUCGACACAUCCCGCCAGCAGCCUUUCGACCUCUGGUAACAGCAUUGAUGCUUCCCGCCACCCACACCGCUUUAAGUUCAUCCUUUCCCGCAAGCGACUGAAUCUCGAAAGGAGACCCAAGGUGAACCUCAUCCCUGAACAGGUGCAGUGGCGUCACGACCCUGACCACCUGUGCCGCACCGCCGACCCGCCGCCCCUCGCCGUGGCCCUCGUGGUGACUGCUGUGGCCCAUGACAGUCGCAGAAACUUCAUUAGGGACACCUGGGGCCGAGCUGCUUGGUACCCUCACACGCUCAUAAAGACGGUGUUCGUAGUGGGCGCCACGCAGGAUAAGGCACAGCAACAGAUGCUUGAAGAGGAGGUGCGAACUCACGGCGACAUUAUCCAGUACAACUUCAUCGAUAGUUACGCGAACCUGACGUACAAGACCCUCUCGCUGCUUACCUGGGGCAUCACGCGGUGUCCCGAAGUUCAAUUCCUGGCGAAGAUCGAUGAUGACGUGCUGGUGAACCCCUUCCACCUGAAAGUCUUCCUUCAGGACAUCCUACAACACCCGCCCGUCCCCAAGGGUAUUCAACCAAACGACGAGCUGUUCCAGGCGCCCCCAAACACCAACCCGGCAGAGAAGCACAUCUACGGCCGCUAUGACGCCCAGCCUUACCCUCUCCGCACCACCAAAUGGGCCGUCUCUUUAGACGAGUAUCCCGAAAAUGUCUUUCCCCCAUUCGUGCACGGACCGGCGUACCUGGUGGGCAGGGCAGCGGCGCGGGAGCUGUUGAGAGUGGCUCCUUACGUCCCGCUAAUUAAGUUAGAGGACGUGUACACGACAGGGCUGGUGGCGCACGCUGCGGGCUUGAGGCACGUACAGAUCUUCGGGCCAGUGAGCACGUUCAAGGCGGGGCCGAGCCUAUACAAUGGUUCGCAUGCCAUUCUGGAGGAGAAUGUGCCAAAGGGAAGGGAGACGGCGUGGAAGGAGAUUUUAAAAUUUGCUCCAAAGAAGGAACGAUUUCACUCGAACGUCAGUCUAACAUCAGUGUCUGGGUCUCUAGGGAUGGUUGGCGUCACUGCCGACACGAUACACAAGCCGCUCACGCCCGCCGCCUCUUCAUGAAUGGAGGUGGUACAGUACAGUACACGAGCCGCUGCUUGGAUAUAUCAUUCACUAUCAGAUAACACAACCCUCUAGAUUCGUAUAGGAAGUUUUCAUUUGAUUGUAUUUCAUGGGGUGGUAGAAAGGUGUGCAUUGAAUUAUAAAUCUCAGCUAAGGAAUUCACAUCGGGUAACUCGUCAAACUCCCGUGCACUACUAUUUCUGGCCACUGCCAGUGGCUGUGGCAUGGGGUUUAGUAGUUGCAGCCGAGGCAUCUGCCACUAAGGGACCUUCAAAGAUAUA